AUGCCCGCAGCGCACUCCGCGACAGUCCGGCACCCUGGCAGCGACGAGAGCACACCGCUCAUCGGGAGGCACACGGGGAACGGAGAAGAGCGGGACCAUACCUACCAUAUACCCAACUCGCACCCUCGCCUUCCCUCGCCCCUCUCUUCGCCGUCUCGCUCUACGUCCCGCCCCUCCCCCGUUGGUCCUUCCUCGCCCGAUCCUCGUCGACCCGUCUUCCUCGGCCACCAGGACGACAUCCAGCACUCGGCGCCCAAUACCCCCCAGUCGAUCAAGAACUUCCUCCUCUCGGGCUGGAUCAACCUCCUCCUUGUUGCCGUCCCGCUCUCGUUCGCUUCACACUUUGCGGGGUGGGGCAGCACCGCAGAUUUCAUCAUCUCGUUCAUCGCCAUCGUCCCGCUCGCUUCGUUGCUGGGCGACGCGACGGAACAGUGCUCCAUCAAGGUCGGUCAAACUGUCGGAGGACUGCUCAACGCGACGUUCGGCAAUGCCGUCGAGCUCAUCGUCGGCAUUCUCGCCCUGGUCCGCGGCGAGCUCCGCAUCGUGCAAACCUCCCUCCUCGGCUCGAUCCUCUCCAACCUCCUCCUCGUCCUCGGCUGCUCCUUCCUCGCCGGCGGCCUCAAGUUCAAAGAACAAACCUUCCAAAUGACCGCCGCGCAGGCCUCCUCGUCCCUGAUGGUCCUCGGGUGCUCGACGCUGGUUAUUCCGGCGGCGUAUAGGGCGAGUCAGUUGGACGGAAGUCUGGAUAGGGAGAGGGACGGCGCGCUCAACUUGUUGCAGGAUUUGGGCAAGAAGGGAGACAUUUCCGGGUUGCUCAAACUUUCGCGCGGGACGGCCAUCAUCCUCCUCGUUUGCUACGCCUGCUACCUCCUCUUCCAGCUCCGCACGCACCACUACCUCUUCGAAGACCCCUCGGAGCACGAAGAAGAAGAAGCCAAGAUGAACAUCUACACCGCCGUCGGAGCGCUUGUCGUCGUCACGGUGUUGACGUCUUUCUGCGCUGAUUAUCUUGUCGGCGCGAUUGAUGAGUUUGCGCAGGAUUACAAGAUCCCCAAGGCCUUCAUUGGAUUGAUUUUGCUGCCCAUCGUCGGUAACGCUGCAGAGCACGUCACCAGCGUCUGGAUGGCUGCCAAGGGCAAGAUGGAGCUCACUAUCGGCGUCGCUAUCGGCUCGUCUAUCCAGAUCGCCGUUGGCGUCAUCCCUGCGCUCGUCAUCGUCGGCUGGAUCAUUAACCAAAACCUGACGCUCUUCUUCGAGAACUUCGAGACGAUCGUGCUGUUCAUCUCGGUCAUCCUCGUCGAUAUUCUCGUUUCGGACGGCAAGUCGCACUGGCUCGAGGGCGCGCAAUUGAUCGCGCUGUACCUCGUCAUCGCCCUCGCCUUCUGGUUCACGGGCUAG